GCAAGGCAUAGGCAAAGACAAAAGUGAGAACGAAAUUUAGAUACAGCCACAGCUGAUGUAAAAUAAUUUGCACCGCCUCAGUGUUUGUUCCCGUUUACAAUUGAUUAAAACCAAAACACACGAACAGACCGCGCUCACUCUCACAACAAGCAGACAACAAUAACACUUGCAUACACACACACUGGCGCACCAUUGUGAAAAUUGAUUAAAGAUUAUAAGCUAAACACUCACAAAGACAAAUACGCGUCGACCAUAAGUACAAACACAUGUACCGAUGAGGAAACACCAUUGAAUUGAGUGAAGCACUGCCAAACCAUAAGUGAGACGACAGGAUCAAAAGGAGGAGGAGGAGGAGCGGGCGUGGGAGAGGGAGGAGCGCGAGCACCCCUUCCACGAAGCGGGAGCCAAGUCGAGGACACAGCGGGAACCCCAACGGAUCCAUGAUGUUGUACGUGUUCCACGUGGACGUCGGCCGCAUGCUGAGCUUCGACAUGAACGUGGCCCUGCAGUCGGUAGAGCACCUGAAGGAGACGAUCCAGAAGCUGCACAACAUCCCGGCCUCCAACAUUGUGCUCUUGGUGAGCGGGGGCGAGAUGCUGACGCACUCCACCCAGGUGUCGUGCUACUCGGCUGGCACCGACACCAAUCCCAUCUACAUGUUCCUCACAGGGGAUGAGCGUCCCGCGCAGACAAUAUCUAAUUCGGACGCCGACGCCGAGCUUCGUCGCCAAGUGGAGGAAAGCCACCGGCUGCCGCCGGCUUUAGAGACGGUCCGUCAGCGCGCGCAGCUGGCGCAGCACAUGCGGGAGCUAGCCAGAAAGGAGGAGGACCUGUGCGAGCGGCUGGUCCACGAGCAGCACCUCCAGCAGCAGGGCUGGUCUGCGGUGGUUGCCAAUAUGGAGGACCUGACGAACGAGUUUCGCGAGCGCUUUCGCAACUUCUGCUCCUCCUUCGAUCGGCAUCUGCAGAAGCGCGAGAGCUACAUGGAGCUGCUGCGCAACUUUGCCGAUGAUCUCAAGCAGCUGGGCAGGAUCCCCAUACUCCCGGCCCUCAUGUCCCUGGCCGAGGCCGAUUUCCAUGGGUUUGAUGAGCUGUUAGACAACGACGACGUAUUCACCGCUCAACAACAGCCGGCGCAGCAGACGCCUGGCCUCACCGAAUCCUCGCAGGCGGACUCGCCAAAUAAGAAGCUCAAGAUGGGCGACGAGGCGGAAGCUGACGCUGGCGACCAGCAGGAGCGCGUUUCCCAGACCUCGACCAGCAGCAGUUCUCUGGCGAGGCGCCACAACCUCAACCUGCUGCAGUGGAUCAGCUCCAAGGGCAACCACAGUGCCCUGCAGCUAAUGUCGGACGAGUGUAUUCAGGGCUUGGACAUUUUCAAUGCGGACAUCUACGAGAAGCUGAAGGAUGAGGUUAAGCAGAUAAUCAAGAUGGCCAACCAGGGCGACGUUAAGGAGAUCAAGGGCCUCGGCGACCGUCUCUGUAAGCUAGAGGAGUUCAAGUUCCGGAUCAAGAACAUGGUGCGCGAGCAGAAGGAGCAGGCACUUGCCCUGCAACAGAACGAGGCGCGUGCGCAGAAUCUGCGCGACAACUCCGUCCUGCCGGACCUCUGCCAAUCGCACCGCUCCCAGCUGCAGGUGAUGCUGGAGAAUCACACUAAGAUACGCGAGUACUGCCGCUGCAUAGCCAACUCCAAGGACGAGCUGGGCCGGAAUCUUCACACGCGUCUCCGCCGGAUCGUUUGGAUCGAGAACGGCAUGAGCGAGUUCGACAAUAGGUUGCUGUUCAACCACCGCUGCCUGCGGCGUGCCGAGCGUCACAUCAGCAUCAUCCAGCAGAUCCACCGGGCGCCUAGCACCUAUGUAGCCGCCGUGGCGGAGGUGGUGCGUCGGAAGAUCUUCUCGGACCAGUUCCGGCAAUGGGCCACUCGGCUCUCUGUCGACUUCGAUCGCAUUCACAGCGAGGAGCUGCGCCGGAGGCGGGAGUUCAAUGAGAGUUUCGAAGGCCAUUUUCUCAAUAUUCUGUUCCCUGGCAUGGGCGACAUGCCUCCAGCUUUUGCGAACGAGCACCCCCUGAGCUUUGACACGCGGCUACCCCAGCUGAGUCGAUCGGACAUGGAGCUGCUCUCCUCGCAGCUGCCGGAACUGGCCGGCCAGCUGCAGUUGCCCGACAUGAAGCCUGUGAUAGACUUUUUCGUCCUCCGCUCGGGCAAGGAUGGAGCGCAGGAGCCAGACCAGGAGCAGGAUACCCCGCUAAUGGCUCCUCGCCUGGCCGAAUUGCAGGCGCACACGACGGCCUCGGACUGCGAAACGGAUACAGAAACGGAGUUCGAGAAGCUCAGCACCACGUCCAAGUGUGUGGCGACAUCGACCUCCGCCAGCUUGGUGGAGCAGGUGGCACGGUCCACUGCCACCGAGAAUCUGCUCAUGCUCAGUGCUGGCACCUUGACGGAAGAGAACGCCGGCAGUCUGCAGAGGAUGCGUACCGACAUGGAGAACAUGGCCAAGUUGGCCAAAGCCUGCCUCGCCGAGGCCCGCUCCAACUUGGGCAUCUUUCGCAGUGACGCCGCCAACUACCAGGAUGAGCUUGAGUCCGAGCUCCACCUUCUGCGCGACAAGUGCAAUGUACUGAAGAUGCAGUGCGACGAGCGCGAGCAAAAGUCCCAGGAGCAGUUGGAAGAGAUGCGUCUGAAACUGCAGCUGGCGGAACAGGAGAAGUUGGCGGCUGUGGCCCAGGCCAGGGAGCAGCUCAUCCACGAGCACAAAACCGAGCUGGAGUCCCUGCGCUGCCGCUUUAAGCUGAUGACCUCCAUGGAGCGGUCGCCCUCGGACAGCAGUCUGGAGAAACUGGAGCGGCCGACGAGCAGCGCUAGCGUGGCCAGCGCGAACACCGGCGUGGAUAUCGACCACCUGCUGGCCCAGCAGCGCCAGGAACUGCUGGCCCAGAGGGAUCGCGCCAUUAGCGAGGCCGUCGAUUCGGAGAGGUCGCUGUGGCAGUCGCGCCUUCUGCCCCUGAACUCUGAAUCUGUGAUGGCCAACGUGGGCAUACUGAAGGACAUGCUGGCCGACAAGGAGCGGCAGCUGGAUCAGCUGCGGGAGCAGAACAAGAUCCUCACCCAGGAGUCGUACCAGCUGAAGACCCGACUGGAGAUGAUCACCAACGAGGACGGCAACAGCUGGCUCAAGGAGAAGAUUGACUACCUAAACAAGGACAAGUGUCGGCUGGAGGAGGAGCUCAGCCAGGAGAAGAGCCGGCGCCAGGAGAUGGAGUCCAGUGUGGCAGCCAUGAGAAGCUCUGCAUACGAUCUGAAUGUGGGCGGCGCCUUGACCCGUUCCAAGUCGGGUGUCAGCUCUGGCCACCGGUCCAUCGCCUUGGAGGGAUGUGCGCGGGGCGAUCUCGUCUUCGUGGUGUGGAGCAUGCGCCAUGCGCAGUUUAUGGUCGUCCAGGACUCGCUCACCCUCUACUUUGUGCACGCCGACAGUCUGGCUGGACUUCAGCUGACGGCUCCGGCCACGCCCACUCCGGCGGUGGAACCCUCGCUGGCGGUUGCGGAACUGAACCAGAUCCCGCUGCCCUACUACGCCAUUGGCCGGGUCAUCGACAAGGAGUACUGCCAGGCGCGAAAGGAUGACAAUCGCUAUCGCGUCAGCAGGGGCUCCAAGUUUUAUCGCAUAAAGCUGGCACCUUUGCCCUCUCGAAAUGCAUCGCGGCGGGAGCGCUUAGAGUCCAGCUCAUCCGCCGCCGUAGCCGCUGCAUCGCCCAGAGAUGUCAUCGAUGCUCCCAGCAGCAGCAGCAGCAGCAGUGUCUACCAGAGCUUCAAGCAGCGCACGGUCAGCAUUACGAGCGUGAAUGAGGAGGAUGACGAGUCAGCCUCACUGCUCAGCGACCGUUGUCGCUAUAUAAGCGUUAGCGAGGAGGAUGAGUUGCAUGCUGCUGGCGGCACUGUGUCGGCAACAAGAGCUUCUGUUGCAGCAUUGACACCAACACCAUUGGCAGCAGCAGCAGCAACAACAACUGCAACGGCUGCAGCGGUGGCGGGAGGGCCGACGACAACUGCGGCGACGGCAGCAACUCAAGCACAGUCUGUGAUAACAGAGCAGCCAACGGCAUCGAGCAAACUUAAACUGGAUCUACUGUUGGCCUCUGCUGAUAUAAUAACACAACCCCCAACACAACAACCACAUCAACCGAGACAGGAGCAAGAAGAACAACUACAACAACAACAACACGGUGAGGUGGAGAGUGCAGCGCCUGUGGCUGAAACAAGUCCCAAUCAAACAAUCCAACCGGAAAACCCGGAACCGGAAACUAUCACCAUCUAUGUGCCCCCCAAUCCCUCAGCAUCGUUUGUCGCAACAACCACUACAAGUGCUAGCAUCCUGGCCAGCAUCACUGCAGAGCCGAUUAUCAGCACAGCACCCAUGCUGCCGAUGUCCAUUGGCACCGCGGCCGUGAGCGAGGACUCCGACGAGUACCGGUCGCUCGAGGGCAAGGAUGAUGGCGAUGCCGAUGCUGAUGAUUUCCCCAUUUCCGAAUAGUGUACGAGAACUGGGAGUUACAUAUAACUACUUAUAUACAUAAAUGGAGUGUGUAUCUAGGCUAAACCUUUUAUUCUAUGUAGGAACCGCAGCAAACAAACAAACCGUACCCAAAAAAAAAAAAAAAAAAAAAAAGCCACAGGGCCAACACCGACACCGACACAAUACAGCAACACCAACAAACAACCACAAAACAGCAAUGUGAAAAGUUAUAUACUUAACUAAUUUAAAGUUUACCAAGUGCAGAAUAUAUAUUCAAAAAGAAACUGAAAACAAAUGUUCUAAUGUAGUCUAUGUCUACAUGAUGAUAUAAUCUUAUCAAAUUUGAAUGCGGGCCUUACCCUUUCAAACACACAACCACACCGACACACAAACACAAGCUAGGAUUUUCAAAAUUUUUAUUUAAAAUAAAAAUAACGUAUUUUAAUAUAUUUACCUUAUAAUCAAAAUAUUUACAUUGGUAGUUUUCGGUUUAAAGUUAUCAUUUGCUUCAUUUAGUGCCAAGAAAAUAAUUUCCAAGUCACAUAAGUUUCGUAGCAAGUAAAAUUAAAGUGGAAAAAACAAAAUUAUAUUUUUUAUAGGCAUUUUUAAAAGACUAGGACACAAAGAGUUUGCACACAUACCCACCCUCACACAAAAAACACAAACACAAACAAACAAACAAACACAAUCUUUUGGGCUCAGCCUGCAGAAAACACAGUUUUAUGCUCAGCUUAAACCACUCUCUUCCCACGCCUACCCCGAAAAUCAAACUUUCUACUCUCUCUCCCCCAAUCUAUAUCUAAGGUACUUUGAUUUUUCGACUUUGUGUAAAUAAAUAAGAAUGGAAAUCGACGAAUAGUUAUUUAUGCCUUUAUUAAUAACAAGGAAACACUUGAAAAUUACAACAACAAAAUAGAUAUAUACACAUUUAAUGAUUUAUGCGUUAAAAGCGAUAAUUUUUGAACGCAGGUGUAAAUAUAAAGAAGAAUAUUUAAAAAUACUUUAAACAAUUUAAAUGAGGAAACGUGUAAACGAUGGUGUAACAAAAGCGGAUUGCUAAAUUGUCAAGCUUACAAAAAAAAGUGUAAAAUCAAAAAUCAAAUAAAAAAUUGUAAACAUUUCAAAACUAAAA